AUGCAACGAGGCACAAGCAGCGACCUGGGAAGGCUUGAUGCUCUAUCAUCGAGAAGCUCGCAAGUGGCUGAUGGCGCACAUGACAAUCCAAAAGUGAACGCGGCAAUCGCAGCUUAAUGCGGCAACGGCAACCGGCGAAGACUGAGAACGCCCCCGGGAUACUUUGCGGCGAACGUUCACGCGGCCCGCGAACCACGAAGGCUCAUCACGAUGGUCAAUUGCAAGCAAUGGGUGUCGUAUAUCACGGAUACGUGAAGAGCGACCUGCGACUAAAUGCCUCAAGUCUUUCGACAAGCGCUUGA